UAGCUCUUGCUCUCUGCUUUUGCGAUUGCUUUUGCUCCACCAUACAUCGGUUUUAGCAAGGAAAAUUCAUCUCCGAGCACGACCGACCGAUGUGCCCCCCACCACAAACACGCAACGCCACCGCCGAGAUCAAGAAGGCACCGCUGCCCUCGCGGCGCCGCAAGGACGGCCUCAUCCGCUUCGCGAAAGAUAACACGUCGCAGGGCGGCGAGGACGGCAUUUUGCAGGCCAUCUAUGAUUGCCUCGGCGACGGCCCGCGCACGGUGGUCGACGUCGGCGCCUGGGACGGCGUGCACCUCUCGAACACCCAUUCAUUAUUAGUGCCGGACGCCUCGACCUGGCGCGGCUUUCUGAUCGAGGCCGAUGCGUCGAAGUGCGAAAAGCUACGCGCGCUCCACGAGCCGCUCGGCAAUGUUUGUGUGGAGGCCUUUGUCUCGUGCGAGGACGACGCGAGGAAGCUCCCUGCCAUAUUGGGCAAGCACAGCUGCCCGUGGAGUGUGGACCUGCUGUCGAUCGACGUGGACGGCGUCGACUACUGGCUCUGGCGCGACUUCCUUGAGUCCGGCCGCGCGGCGAAGGUGGUAGUAAUAGAGUUCAACCCGUCGAUGCCCGACGACCUGCACUAUGUGCCACCGCGGGCCGACGCGCAGCGCCACGGCGCGUCGUUAGCUGCUUUAUGUGCGCUGGGCGAAGCUUAUGAUUAUUUUUUAGUGGAGACGACGCUGUUCAACGCGGUCUUCGCCGACGCUGCGACGCGCGCUUUACUAGUCGAGCGGGGCCUCGUGCCGGCGGACGCGUCGCGUUACGACCUGCACGAGACGACCAUGGGCACGCAGCUCUACCAGCUCUACGACGGGACGCUCAAGGUUCACGGAACGAAGAAGCUGCUCUGGCACCGCAAGCCCAUCGACGAGCGGAAGCUCCAGGUGCUCGGCGAGGCCGAGCGGCUCUUCCCCUUCGCGCCCGGCGGGACUAGUACCGAGAAGAAGCCGCGGCGGCCGAAGCGCCGCAAGCGCCGCCGGAGCCCCGAGACGAAGCCGCGCGCGGCGCCCUACGCGGCCUACGCGCUCGCCGCGUUGUUCGUGGCGUCGCUCGUGGUGCAUCGGCGCCGCUGAGGAUUCUAGUAUCGUUAAUGUCUGGUUACCUGU